ACGCACUGAAUCAUCAUUUCAGCAAUUCGACAAGCGACGAAAGCGUAUGCUUCUUCGAUUUUGCGAUCAUAUUUUGGAAUUAAAGAGUAGUUUUUUAAGUCACUGUUACUUCUCUCUCAAGGAUCUUACAGCAUCUAUAUCUUGUUAGACUUGGUGUAUCAAGCAUAUAAGAAGCAUCUUAAAUUUGCCGACUGAUUGUUAGUGUACUACACACAGAAGAUGAGCUACCCUUAUCCAACCGGACAAGCACCCUAUCCCCAGCAAGGGGGCGGUUAUCCACCCCAGGCAGGGGGCUACCCUCCAGCCCCAGCUCCUGGGGGAUAUCCUCCACAGGGUGGCUACCCUCCUGCAGCAGGUGGUUAUCCACCAGCAGCAGGAGGAGGCUACCCACCCGCUGCAGGAGGAGGCUACCCACCCGCUGCCGGAGCAGGGGGCUACCCACCCGCCCCUGCACCCACUGGAGGCUACCCACCGGCUCCAGGGGGUGGUUACCCCCCUCAGCAACCCUCUUAUCCCCCAGCAGCACAACCCGGUUACCCCCCUCAACAGCCUGGCUACCCGGCUCAGCCACAUCCACAGCCUGGAAUGCCAAUGCCUAGUGCAGACUAUGGUUCUAUGCCAGGAGGAGGUUUACCAUAUGCUGCUCAACCAAGCAUGGGAUUUGCAGGUGCUCCUUAUCCAACGGGUGCUGCUAUGGCAGCCACAGCCUUCAGACCACCCUCUGCCCAAGCCGUCCCUGGUGGACCGGGCAUGCCUACUCCUCAGGCAGCCUAUGCAGCAGCAGCGGCCAUCCCCGCACAAGCCCCACAGGCCCGGCCCGCACAAGCUCCGCCCCAGCAGAAACCGGUAGCUGUGAGUAUACCAAAAAGUUUGCAAUGA